CAUCAACGCACAACCGACCGCCAUGCUUCUGGACGUGAAAGCAUCUCAACGCCUUGACUCUAGGGGCAACCCAACAAUUCAAGUAGAAGUCAGGACCGCCCAUGGAAUUUUCCGCGCCCUCGUCCCGUCCGGUGCUUCAACCGGAGUCCACGAAGCCGUCGAACUCCGCGAUAAUGACAAACGCAAGUACGGAGGAAAGGGGGUUCUUACCGCAGUCAACAACGUCAACGAGAUCAUUGGCCCGGCCCUGGUCAAAGAGGGCUAUAGCUCCCGUCGCGACCUGAAGCAGAUCGACGGCUUCAUGCGUGAACUGGACGGGACUCCGAACAAAGCCAAGCUGGGUGCGAACGCGAUUUUGGGUGUGAGCAUGGCUUGUGCUAGGGCUGGGGCUGCUGCUGCGUUCCUUCGUCGAGAGGGCGGCGAAGAAGCUCCUUACAUGGUUCCCGUCCCUUUUUUCAACGUUCUGAACGGAGGCAGACACUCCGGAAACGGCAUGGCGUUCCAGGAGUUUAUGAUUGCUCCGACCGGCGCUAAGACCAUUGAGGAGGGGAUUCAAAUGGCGUCUGAAACGUAUUUUGUUCUGAAGCAGAUGAUUUCUGAUAAGUUUGGGGCCAUUUACACGGGGGUAGGCGACGAAGGCGGUUUUGCCCCUCCUAUUACCCAACCCGAAGAAGCCCUCGACUUGCUCACCGAGGCUGUGGCCAAAGCUGGAUACACCGAUAAGAUCAAGUUCGGCAUCGACGCGGCAUCGUCCGAGUUCUUCAACCCAGAGAAUGGGACUUAUGACCUCGGUUUUAAGAGAAUAAAGGAGGGUGAAUCACAUUCGGACGAUGUCAGGACCCCAGCUGAGAUGAUGGCGCUGUACAAGUCCCUCAUCGAAAAGUAUCCGAUCCCACUGCUUGAGGAUCCCUUCGCCGAGGAUGAUUGGGAGUCGUGGACCAAGUUCUGCAAGGACUUCUAUUUUGAGGAGCUGGUGGGGGAUGACUUGCUGGUGACGAAUGUGGAGAGAGUCAGGAUGGCCGAGAGCAGGGUGGCGUGUAAUGCGAUGUUGUUGAAGAUCAACCAGAUUGGAACGGUGACAGAGGCCCUUGAUGCGGCGAAACUGGCCAAGAGCUUGGGGUGGGGCGUUUUUGUGUCGCAUCGAUCGGGCGAAACGACCGACGAUUUCAUUGCCGACUUAUCUGUCGGGCUCUGCACAGGUCAUAUCAAGUCCGGAGCACCGUGUCGGGGCGAGCGGGUGGCCAAGUACAAUCGGCUGCUAGACAUCGAAACGGAGUUGAAGGAGAGCUGGAAGCCGUGGUCGUAUGCGGGCGAGAAGUUCCGGAAGCCGGAGGCUUUCUUUAUUUGAAGGAUUCUGGUGAGCUCAAUGGCUUCAGCUUGCUACGGCAAAGAUGGGCUUGAGCGUCUGGGGCUAGUCACAAUACAUAGAGGUAGGCAUGAAGUAGUUCAAAGAAUGGCUGGUGGCCGAAUCGGGAAAACACCACGGGCAACCUUAGAGGUACACGGCAGGGCAGCAUACAUCACCCAUCUAGCAAGUUACCGAACCGUCCACUCAUCGUUAACUCUGUUAAGUAGGCCAAUAAGUAGAUGGCAUUGCAACGAACCAACGGAC